UUGGCGGACAUGUCAGCGGCGCUGCCAUGGGAACCAGGCAUGCGCACGAGCUCAACUUCCUAGCACGUGUGAUUGUGUCAGCGCUCUCCCGCGCCAUGCCCGAGGCGUCCAAGAAAGAUUUCUUCCUGUGUUCGUCGCUGGCGGCCGCCUGUCUGUUCUAUGCUUUCCUUGAUUUUUCGCCGACCAGCCAACCGGUCACCCUCGCACCGGCAAAACCCGACAGCCGUUCAAUCACCGACACACCUAGGACGCUACUGUGCCACGCCUCUGGCUUCUCCGCAACAGACGCGUGGCGUCACAAACCCCACAUCUUUGUUGGACAUUUGCAAAAUGAAACCACCGUGUUCUUGUCAAACAACCAAGCAAUCAAUGCAGACAUGUUUAAAACUAUAGACAUUGGAACGUGCAGCGCCCACUUCAUUAGAGGAGCCUAUUUUCAUUGUUGCUCAUACACACCGUAUAUUAAACAGCAAGAUAAAAGAGAUUUUACGUUCUUGAAAGAGGACGUGUUCGAUCCUUUCAUUAGAUUGGACGGUCUGAUCUAUGGAAAACCGAAGCUUGUAGAUAUAACUGUCUCUAUGCAGAUGGACACGCGUUGUGGAAAAAUAAACGUUACCGCCUUACACAGACGUAGGAUUGACGUCAGUUUUGAUCAGUAUCCUGAAAUACACAUCGUUGUGGAGAACGGGUCAAACAAUUGGAAUUUUCAUUGGUAUCUUUGAUAAAUCAUGAUAAACGUCAUCGUAUACAUUCGGUUUCUGUGUUUUAACAUUCGCUCGCUUAAUUGUAAAUCCAAUGGAAAACUGACAAUGA